AUGCUGCAUCAGGGUAUAAUUCUGCGGGAGGGUCAUGUUACGCGAACUAUUUACAAUCUGAUCAAAGAUAAACGCUACGAGGAUGUCAUUGAAUGCAUUGAGAACUGUGGCGAGGUGGCAAAUACGCGAGCAGGUCAAUCCACACUUGGACAUUGCUACUACCAUGCCCAGAAGUACGUGGAGGCGGCCAGCUGCUAUAAGCAACUCUGCCAACUGGUGCCCAAGGAAGCCAAGUACAGAUUCUACCACGCUCAGUCACUUUAUCAGGCGGGAGACUUUACGGAGGCGCUGCGUGUCCUGAAACAGAUUGGCGACAAGGAGUUGGAGCUGCGGGAACAGUGCCUGCAAUUGCAGAGUGCCAUUCUGUAUUCCAGUGAGGAUUAUGCGGGAGCUCAGAGUCUGCUCAAUCAGCGUUCCGAGGGAACAGCGGAGACGCUUAACGAUGAGGGAUGUCUGCUCUUUCAGGCGGAUCAGCACGAGGCGGCGGUGCAGCGUUUCCAAACGGCAUUGCAGGUUGGAGGCUUUAACCCAUUGGUGGCCUACAAUGUGGCAUUGGCGCACUUUCAACGGAAGCAGCGGGCACAGGCGCUGGAUUACACCUCGGAGAUUGUGGAGCGUGGCAUGCGAAAUCAUCCAGAGUUGGGCAUCGGUGCUCAAGUGGACACGGAUGGCAGCGCUCGGAGUGUUGGCAAUCCCAUUACCAUGGCCUUAUCCGGCAUUACACAGGCUCUCAACCUGAAGGCGGCACUGGAGUAUCAGGAUGGCAAUGUGGAGGCUGCACGCGAUGCUUUACUCGAUCUUCCGCCACGUGCGGAGAGUGAACUCGAUCCCGUCACAUUGCACAACAUGGCAUUGACGGAUGCCCAGGGACCUGUGGCCGGUCUGCGUAAAUUGGCCUUCCUCCUGCAACUGGGUGCUCCAGCAUGUCCCAAGGAGACCUUUGCCAACAUUUUACUCACCUGCUGCAAGCAUGAACUCUACGAGACCGCCGCCGACAUCCUGGCGGAUUAUUCGGAUUACACCUAUAAGUAUCUGUCGCAGUAUCUCUACGAGCUGCUGGAUGCAUUGAUUACGGCCCAAACCAGCGGAGAAUUGGCGGAAAAGAAACUGGGAACACUCGCCUCCAGCUUGUCGGGAAAAUUGCGUAGUCUCGCAGCUCGUGUCCAGGAGGUAAGAGCAACCAGCGAACAGCAGGCACUACGGGAUGCUCUCAAGGAUUAUGAGCAGGCACUGGAACUUUAUCUGCCCGUGGUUAUGGCACGCGCCUGGAUCUCUUGGCGAGAGGAUGAUUUUUUGGGCGCCGAGCGUGAGUUUCGCUCCAGCGCCGAGUUCUGUUCCGAGAACGCCAUUUGUUCCGUGUGGCGUCUUAACGCGGGUCACGUGCUCUUCAUGCAGGACAAGUACAAGGAGGCGGCUGCCUUCUACGAGCCCAUUGUUCGGCAGCACUCAGAUGAUAUCAUGUCAGUUUCCGCAGCGGUGCUAGCCAAUCUCUGCGUCUCAUACAUCAUGACCUUUCAAAACGAGGAGGCCGAGGAGCUGAUGCGUAAAGUGGAAAACGCCGAGGAGCUAAAGGGUAACCAGGGCAAACAGUAUCAUCAUCUGUGCAUUGUCAAUCUCGUGGUGGGCACUUUAUACUGCGCCAAAUCCAACUAUGAGUUCGGACUGUCCCGCAUCGCCCACGCCCUCGAAGGUGGAUCAGGUGCGCGUCUCUAUGCGGACACUUGGUUGCAUGUGAAACGCUGCAUGCUCGGCUUGCUUACCGGCAUGGCAAAGCAGAACAUUAUUUUGCCCUAUCCGGCGGUCCAGGAGGUGCUCAACUUUUUAAAAUCCUGUGAAGCAUACGGCUUAUUCACUCCGGCAAAUAUCUACGCGGCCACGGAACAGAUUCCCAGCGAACCCCUGACCAUUGGCCUUGAAGCCAGAAAACUUCGACUCUUGCUGAUCAAGUUAAGCGAAUAUGAGAACUACUGAGAUCCUUUUAAGAUUCUGAAAUACUGUAUUACACAUAAAUAUACAGAUAUAAGCUCUAAAGCAGCACAA